GGGUGGGGCUUUGUUGUGACGUCACUGCAGGUUAGAGCUGUAGCACAGGUGUGCAGCGUUUACACAGACCAGUGCUCUCACCCUGACAGCUGCUGAUAUUUCCAGAUAUCUUCUGAGCCUCAGGAAGUUAGCAGCAGCAACUAAGGUUUGGUUUUUAGCUCCAAUAAUGGCCAACUUUGGAGGACAUGCCAUUCCUGGCUCCUUUUUCCUGUUCUAUGGCUUCUGGCUGACAGUGAAGUGCACCCUCCAGCACAUGUGGAGGACAUCUCAGCCCAAAGGGCGACACAACAUGCCUCCUUUCUUCACAAAAAUGGAGUACUUUGAAGGAGGACUUCAAAUCUUCGCCUCAUUUGUGGGUAUCAUGGUGGAGCAGUUCGUGGUGGACGGCCCGCACGCCCAUCUCUACAACAGGGAGAGCCAUUCGUGGGUCAAGCUGAUGAACUGGCAGCAUGCCACGAUGUACCUGUUCUUCGGGUUCUGUGGAGUAGCGCUGAUCGCCAGCGCGAGAUCCAAAACGCUGCCAGCCGGGCUGGACCGCCUCGCCAUCUCCUUGGCCCUGUUUGUGGAAGGGUUCCUGUUCCACUACCACGUGCACAGCCGCCCCCCGCUGGAUGCCCACAUCCACACGCUGCUGCUGGUGCCGGUGUUUGCCGGCUCAGCCUGCUUCAUGUUGGAGGCGUUCCUAAGGGACAACGUCAUCCUGGAGCUGCUGGGAGCCUGUCUGUUCGUCCUGCAGGGCUCCUGGUUCUACCAGAUUGGAUUUGUACUCUAUCCUUUAAGUGGCCCAGAAUGGGAACUGGAUCAACAUGACAACCUCAUGUUCGUCACGAUGUGCUUCUGCUGGCAUUUGGCCGUGGACCUGCUCUUAGUCACCUGCACUGCUGCUACGGUUUGUUACGCUGUGAAGCGAUUUUCAGCAAGUGGACAGGACAUAGAGAUUGGAAUGCGAAAUGCACCGUCCAAAUCAAACUCCCAGAGAGCCCUGCUUGAAGAAUCUGAUGAAGAGUGAAAGGCUUAUUGUCAGAGCCAGAUCACCUGGAGUAUCUGAUGAUCUGGUAUGUUACUUUGGAUUUUGUGAGACUGCUGGGACACAUGACAUCAUCAGCCUGACUGCUGAGAAGUCAGCCAGCAAAUAUGAGGUACUUCACCUUCACCGCUUGCAUCUUUUAUAUGUACCAUAGUUCCUCUGACUCAAGACACAGUGAAAAAUGAACGGACUUUAAGACAGAAGAACUGAAGAAACGUCUUUAGCAGGAAAAGACGCCCUUUGUCUGUGAUCCCUAUGUCUGAUAAUGGCAGCUCACUUCAGCUGUCAGAUGGACUUUGUUUCACAGAUUAUUCAGUUAAACUCUCCUGUUCCUCAAACUGGUGUGUAAAUGUUUAUGACUUCUUCAUGAGCAUAUAAAUUCUGGCAACAGUUUUCUUUUUCAUUAGUAAUUGUUGACAUGCAUGUAUUUGUAUUUUGCUACUUAAUACAUGAAUCAAUAAUCCAUCCAGUAUUGUAUAGACAAGUGUGGUUCAACUGUACAAUACAAUAGGAAAAGUCUGUGGCCAAACUGCGAGAUUCUCAUCUUCUUCAUCAUGAUCAAUGACAGUAGGAAGAAACAGAUGCUUUUAAAGAGGUCUUUAAUGUGUCUGUUUUAGGAAAACAAAUUACACCAAUUAAAUAGAUCCAGAUUUACAACCAGGAUUUGAGAUCUGAACACAAAAGUAAAGUGACUUAACUUCUCUGGUCACUUUCAGUGUAAUCACCAACACAUUUUCAAUAAAGGCAAAUCUUUUCAUGCAUCCUCA